AAUCAACGGAUACAUUUUGGAUAAACUGAAUUUAUUCGUUUCAAUUCACCUUUUCCCAUCUAUAAAUUCCCCUUCUUUCCUUCCCCAUUUUCCACAAACACAAGAACGUAACCCCAUUCCAAAUCCAUCAUCAACAAUCAAAACAUGUCGGGAUUCAUCGAGAAAAUUGGCGAGAAGCUCCACAUUGGAGGCGAUCACAAGGGAGAGCACCACGACGCUCACAAGGGUGAGCAUCACGACGAACACAAGAAGCACGAGAAGAAAGAGGAGCACCAUGGAGAAGGGCACAAGGAAGGGAUAAUUGAGAAGAUCAAGGAUAAGAUCCAUGGGGGGGAUGGUCAUCAUGACGAGAAAGGGGAGAAGAAGAAGAAGGAGAAGAAGAAGAAGGGUGAGCACGGCCACGAACACCACGGCGGAGAUAGCAGCAGCGAUAGCGAUAGCGAUUGAUGGAUCAGAUCAGCUCGGAAUCAUUAAUUAAGAGGUAGAUUGUGUUCCGAUCGCGUGUGUUGUGUGUUUAGUAUAAUAAUAAUAAUCUCAUGACUCCCUUUUGGUUCAAUCCCUCUGUUUCCGAUCUACGUUUUUUUGUUUUUAAUGUAAGAUUGUUAUGUACUGUAUGUGUGGUGUAUAAUAAAGAUUAAGAGAUUUUAUAUGA